UCCGGGUCUCUGAGCUUCCUAUCUGGCGACCCGUCGCCAUUAGUUUGAGCUCGUCUUAUCGGAUAUAUUUUUUUGGUCAAAAUCUUCAUUUUGACUUGUUUUCCAGUUGUUGGAAAACAUUAACGGCCUUUUAAAGGCAUAUUGUUUUCCACUGCGAGAAAACGACAACGUUUGGGGUCUUGGCCCCGCGUGGCGAGCUUUCGUCCUCUCUUCCAACAGUCUUCAUAACUUGAGACGCCGAAAUCGUGUCUCUUAUUUUUUCUCGGUUUUGUUUUAUUGUCAAGAUGUCGCCGUGAUGGGGUCUCCGCAUUUGACAGAAAUGAAUCGGGGCCUUCGUCGCCUGACUCACUGCAGCCCGCUUUCCUCGCUCGAUUUUCAGUUUGAUGCCAGAGAGCUCGGCGGCUCUCUGCCCGGAGCUCGUUCACUGCACGCAGAUAAACAUGGAGAAAAACCCCAACAGCAGCGCCAACACCAAGGUUCCGCCUCGUUCCAGCUCCGCUGGUGCAACAGCGGGAGAAUCUAAACCCAAAACAGAAGGUAAAAAUAAUGGUGGCUCCAAGCGCUACAGCCGCAAGCGCGAGCCCUCCUUUCCUAAAACCGACAGUUUCGCAGGCCCUCGUCGCACCAAUUCACAGAAAAGCAAGAAUUUUGACAAGAGACCCCCCCAGAGAGGUGGAGCACGACAGUAUGGACUUGCAGGUGGAGGACGACGCGAGGAGGUAGCAGAGACACACCGGGCCGAGUUUAGCCCGGCUCAGUUUGCUGGUCCGAAAAAAAUAAGUCUGAACCACCUGUUGAAUUUUACCUUUGAACCUCGUGGAGGUAAUGGUGGCGUCGGAGAUGGAGGCCAUUCCGGUUGGGGCCGCCGAAACAAAUGGGGCCACAAGCACAAGCCCUUCAACAAGGAGCUUUUUCUGCAGGCCAAUUGCCAGUUUGUUGUGACGGAUGACCAGGACUACAAGGCUCACUUCACUGAUCCAGACACUCUGGUCAACUGGGACUGUGUGCAGCAAGUGCGCAUCUACAGUCAUGAAGUGCCGUCUUGCCCCAUCUGCCUCUACCCUCCUUUGGCAGCACGCAUCACCCGGUGUGGACACAUCUUCUGCUGGCCUUGCAUGCUGCACUACCUUUCCCUCGGUGACAAGAGCUGGUCCAAGUGUCCUAUCUGCUAUGAGGCCGUGCACACUGCUGACCUGAAGAGCGUGGUCGCCAUGGAGACCAGGCAGUAUGCAGUUGGUGAAGUAAUCACCAUGCGCCUGAUGCGCAGGGAAAAGGGGACUCUGGUGGCCAUGCCAAGCUCUGAGUGGGUGAAGGUGGAGGAGCCUGUUUGUUUUGGAGAUGCGUGUCUUGGCCCGUACUCCAAGCUGCUGCUGGCCUCGUCAGCGCAGGUCCUGAGUCUGGUGACUGAGGAUAAGUCUGCCCUGCAGGUGCAGCUUAACCAAGAAGAUGACGUCCAAGGCUGUUUCAUCCAGAGCGCUCUUUGUCUUCUGCAGGAGCGAGAGGAAAUGUUGCUGAAGCAGCAGUUGGCGGCUACAGCAGACGGCUUUGAUUUGUCUUCGCUGACUCUCGAAGAACCUUCUCCCCUCGUGGAGGAAGUGGUGACGAUCGUCACGAGUGCCAAGUCUGUGCUGCAGUAUUCCUCUGCAUUUGACGACGAGGUGCUGGAGCUCCCAGAGGAGCCGCCAGGCUUACCUGAAGCCGUCCUGGAGAGCGUGCUGGAAGAGCCUCCUGAGGAUUUAAUGGACGCGGCCCCAGAACCGCUGCUGGAUGAGGAGAACCCGGCAGAGCAGGACCUGACUGAGCACACACAGCCAGCUCGCCCCUCAGCCAGUGUGGUGCAUGGACCAUACUACUAUUUCUACCAAGCUGACGACUGCCAGCAGAUGUUCCUACAUCCGGUGAAUGUCCGCUGUCUGCUGCGUGAGUACGGCAGCUUGGAGGCCGGUCCUGACUCCAUCACCGCCACAGUGGUGGAGACUGUGGGACACACGGUCACUGAGGAGGUCCGUCGUCGGAAUCGCUAUCUGGCUCAUUUGCCACUCACCUGUGAAUUCAGUAUUUGUGAGUUGGCUCUGCAGCCGCCAGUCAUCUCCAAAGAAACUCUGGAGACGUUUGCAGAUGAAUUGGAGAAAAGAAAGCGCCUGAGGCAGAAGAAGGCGAGGGACGAGAAGCGCAGAGAGAAGCGAAUCGAAAUGGAAGAGAACAAGAAGCAGGGUAAAUAUCCUGAGGUACACAUUGGACUGGAGAACCUUCAGCAUUUCCCUGCGUUCGGCUCGCCACCUCACAACUAUAGCCCUCCCGUUCAACCUGACUUCACCUUUGCCCCGCCCUCGCCUCUGAGCAGCAGCCCCUCCUCUGAUGGGAUGAGAUUUCCGAGUCUGAGCGGACAAAGCCCCCCACCCACUGUUGGUAGUGUGGAGGAUGACUCCCACUGCAUGUCCUUUGCACAGAUGUUAAGAGAUGGUAAAGCCAGAGCUGAUGCUGGGCCCAGAAUCGCUCCAAAGACAGAUAAGCUCCUCGCUCCCCCAGCAGCGGACAGCGACGGAGAGAGUGACGGCUCGGACCGCGUCCCAGUGCCCAGCUUCCAGAACUCUUUCAGCCAGGCCUUUGAGAAGGCCCUCCUGCAGCUGGACAGUGGUUCAGCUUCUCCUCCACAACCUGUGGUUGACCCAGAUGAGAAAGGAGGAAAGAAGAAGAAGAAAAAGCAGAAACUUCUGUUCAGCACAUCCAUGGUUCACACAAAGUAGACGGCACUGAAGCUUAUGAAGGCGAACACCAUAUAUCAACUCUUGAGUUUAUCUCCCCCCACCGCUUGUUUUUAUUCCCAUGCAGGUCUGUUAUGGAACUAUAAGCUAUGAAAGUAGGUUUUAGUGUGUACCCAAAGUUCAAGCUGCUUCAGCCAUUAUCCCAUCAGCUUCAUCCACAAUAUGGGCAGCAGUAUCGUCAAAUAAAUUAGUUUUGUUGUUGCUGUGAACAUCAGAGCAACAACCACACUGGAAGCUAUGUUGGUAUCAUUUAUUUCAGAUGCAAAGACAGUUCAGGAAUACAACAAGCUGCUUAAAUGAUCAGGGUUUUUACGACUGCCAGAUAAUUUUCCUUGAAGCUGAUUUGAUCACUGCACCCGGGACCCGCGCGUCCUGUGGAUGAGAGAAGGUUGCUUGAACAUGAUAGCAGUCAGCCAGCUGCAGGUACAUGGCACCUUUUGAAAUAUGUCCAGAAUUGUCCAUGCUCGGAUGUGAUCACUGUGGAGCUUCACCAUACGACACACAAACACUUAAAUGUGAUUUUUUUUCUUUUUCCCCCCCAGUGUUUUAUCGCAUUUAAUGAUUUGGGCUUGCUUUGAGAUCGAUGCCAUAGUAUUUGUAACAACAAUAACAACAAAAACAUGACUUCAUAAUACCAGUGUGAGCGAGUGAAAACAGUAUUGUAUUAUUAAAGAGAUUAGGUCUGUUGUAUAUUCUGACCUGUCGAACCAUAAAUACAUGCUUUCGUCUCUUUAAGUUUCUCCUUUCAUUGUAGAAUGUUAACUAAUGUUUUACAAUCACCCCCCACCCCCCGUUUUAAGUUCAGUGUUGAAGACGUGUGAAGUUGCAAGACUGCUGAAAUAUAAAAAGAGACUUGUGAAACCUGAAGAAAGGUGGUGCAUUGAAUUUCUGUUUUGUUUUGAGGUUUCUGUACUCACCUUUUAAGUUUGACCAAGGCUGGUAAACAUGACUAGUCUGAAAUGAAUAAACAAAUAUGCACAGUGAA